AUGGCAUUCUUGAGCCAUGUUAUCGGUUCAUUACAACUACUGGUUCAAAUUCCACCAUCUGCAGCUGGUUUCGAUUACAGCUGGCAACCAUACGCUGAAGCAGCAAAAAUUGGUUCCAAAGAGUGGUAUCCAGUACAUAUUGGAUUUGCAGCGCCAUGUGUAUUAAUUGUUGAUAAAGAAGGACAUGAAUAUUUAGGAUCAGCUGACUUAAAAGCAGAAUUUGCGGCAACAGUAUUAAGAAAAGAAGCAUUUCGUGUAGAUGGAAGUGCCAUUUCCAAUUUCAAAGUUUUAUGUCGCAAAGAUAGAGAUGACACGCAAGCUAUUUGA